AAUCAGUAGCUUGUAUCAACUAAUCGUAGGUUUAUACGAUAUCAUAAUCGAAAUCAAGAUGAAGCCCUUACUAAAAAUAUUCAUCGCCUUUUGUCUGAUGAGUUUUGUGGUUACAAUUCCAAUUGCACAGGACGAAACUGAGGACAGCAGCGAUGGUAAUGAUGAUGAAGAAUCUAGUCCAGGGGAUGGUGAAGAAGACAGAGGAGAUUCGCCCGACAGUGAGGAAGACGAAGACCAAUCGGGUGAAGAAGACGGUGAUGAUCACGAAGAAACGGAAGGAAAGGAAAAAGCUGGAGAAGAUGACGAAACUGACGAAGAUGCAGAAAAUGGAGAGGAUGAAAAAGAUACUGGAUCGGGUGACGACAAAUCCAGUGAGAAUGGCGAAGGUGAAAAAGACGAUAGAGUUAAUACCUACAACAAGGUAUCUGAUAUCAUAAAGGAGGCAACUAAAUCGGACAAAAUAGAGGAUGAGUACUUCAAAUCAUUUGUGGAGAACAGUUUGCAAGCUUAUAUUAGAAAUCCGGUCAUUAAUGCCAUUGGCACAAUCGGUCAAUUCUCUAAGAUCGAAGAAUGCUUCAAGAGUAUCGGUAAAGACGUUGAGAAAGUUUUGACCGAAAAAAAUAAAGCUUUUGCUGAGUGCAAAAAGAAACCGGACGCGAGAGAGGACAGUUGCGCGCAUGAGCACAAUAAUGCCGCCGGAAGUGAACUUGAAGGAAUUUCAUCGAAAGUUUUAAGCUGUGUCAGUUCUAAGGGAGCUUAACAGUACUUGAACUUGCCCUAGACAAUCCGAACGAAGAUGAGAGCAAUGGACCAUACUAUAUGGGGUAGCAAUAUAACUAAAUAAAAAUUAAGAUUAAUGUUUGCAGCAUAAAAA